GCAGCUUCGCACCUCUGCGCCUCAGGCGAUGUCCCUUUUUUCCUGCGACAACCUAUUUACCACCAUCAGCUUGACCUCCUUAUUUCUCUGUCAGUUCUUAGCACUACGAGUCGUCCUCACCUCCGCCACGGCUGUAACAGAAUGUGACAUUUCACAGCCAAAACUAGACGUGAAAGAGUGUUGUCAUGUCUCAUUUACAAGGAAAUAGCGGAAACAAGCUGCGUAACAUGGAACGUCUUGAUUGAUCUCAUAACACGUCGAACACAGUGAGAGGGAUUACUGACGAUCAAGAAGGUUUUAAUCAUUGAAGUACAGAUCCAGAUGUCGGAAAUGAUCAAUGAAUAGUCUGGUGAUGAAGCUGAGCCUUUCCUCCUCGCUGUCCUCCUCAUGCAGACAGCUGCGCUGCAGCCACAUCACAGCAGUGAAAACAGUUACUGUACUGCAUAUUCAUUUAAGCAAAUCUGUCUGUCAAUAAAAUCAGAUGUUUAUCAGCCUAAUAAAGGUGAAAACAUGUGAGUUAUCAAACAUUUGCACACAUCGCAAGUCCUGGACUGCUGCGCAAUUUUCCCGCAGCUUCUGAGCGUUUGAGAAGAUGUUUUUGAACAAUGUUGUGCGCCCAGGCAGCGAUCAGACCCUUUGCUACCGGACACUUGUCAUGUUUGUGUGGAGUCGCCUUGUACAUGUAGUUUCCGACAUCUAGCACCGAGUCGCCUGACGCGAGAAGCUCACCACCUGUUUCCUGAGAGAAAGUGCAGCCGGGAUCAAGUCCGCAGCCAAAACCCGACUCGCUUGUGUUAACAUCUCGGACUUCUGAGCCGAAAGAGCUUUGUCUCGAGACAGAACCCGCCGUGUGAAAGUGCCCUCAAUCGCUCACAGGCACGAGGCGGGGCCUCAGAGUGGAGGUAACCAAUAGCGAAGCCCUCUAGAGGGUGUCGCACAUAUCCAUAGAACGGAAGUUACAUAAGGUAACUGAACAUUUUUGUUGGUUCAACAUGUCACUCUGUAUCGUGAUGGCUUCUUCGUUUUUGAUGCCUUCCGCAUCAAAUACCUUAGAUGGUUUCUUAUUGUCUUCUUUUUUAACAAGUGUUGGUGUUGAAUUAUUACACGCCAGGAAUUACAGGUUGUCACAGGUGUUUCUGUGUUCAUACCUUUGUGGGUUAAAUAUAGCUGAAACGCAGACAACAAAGCGGGAAUUGACCAGAAAAACAGGUGCAUAGUAGUGUGACACUGAUGCGUGGCUUCUUCUGACGCAACCGUGAAUGCCAAAAGUCUCUGAGUUGUUGCCAUGGAUACACUCAACCAUCCUGAAUGCGAGCAGCUGACAGACACACCCUGAGGCACACCUUGGGCUAACAUCUCAUAAAAAGAAAAUAUCAGCGUUAGAAGGCAAUAAAUGUUUGUUUAGUUGUCACACUUAUAACACUGUUAACAUGUUAAGCAAAUAAAGAGGUCUGCGGGGUCGGAGAGACGCUCCUCCCUGACAAUGUGACGCUCUGUAGGCGUGACAGGUGUUGCUCAUAGAAGCAGAAUGACACAGUCACGACAGCUCAUGACUGAACAGGCCAGAUUUCUGUCGCUCCGUUUUGUUUUAAACUUCGAACCUUGGAUUUGGUUCAUUAAUGUUAUGACCAGAAAAAAUGAAGACAAAGCCAUGGAUGUCUAUUUUCGUCCUCUCACCUCCAUCCGCUCAGACAGGAUGAAGACACUACAGGUUGUGUUUCUGGUGAUCCUGCUGGCGGGACUGACAUCUGCUACUACUGUUUCCCCAGCAGCGACCAAUCCGCAGAAUUCAGUAUUUUAUUUUGUUCAAGUGAAAGUGGAUGUUAGAGGACAAAGGAAAACUGAAACAGAAGUCAAGUCAUGGCUUCAGAAUGUGUUACAGACCAGUCUGCAGAGUUGUGUAUCUCCAGUGGAUGAAAACACAACUGGAAUCCCAACACCUGAGACUGUAACUGCCCUAACCACAUUACAUGAGUCCAGAGCUACGGCACAGACGCAAAACAACCCCUCCACCGCUUUAUUACCAGCAUCAACAAGGAGACUACAAACUAGCAUUGUUACCCGGCAUCCGACCACGACUGAGGAGAAACAGACAACAGCUCAAGUUAGAGUUGGAGCUACGACAACUGCCGCAGCCAGAGGACAAGCUACUACUAACAGGAGUGGGGUGUCUACAGUGGCUUUUACUGGUGAAGUUAUACUGGUAGAUUCACCUGGCAACUCAAACAAUGGCAACAACAACAACAACAACAACAACAACAACAACAAUAAUAAUGGGAUAAACAGUCGGGAGAUUCGCAGAAAGAGGGACACUUCAGCUCAAAACAGGAACACACCUGGCCUGUUUCAAGGUAUUGAAGUGUCUUGUGCGCGGAACACUUCAAUAAGAAACACCGACUGUGUGGUGAUCCUCCGGCUGAGUCGGCAGGUGCGUCCUUGCUGCAUCCUCCAAACCCUCUGUGCAGCCAGUCGGGCUUCCUCUAGCAUCUUCGUGGUGGGAACAAGAGCCAAUAUAUUGAGUGUCCCCUCAGAUGUGUGCUCUGUGGACUCCCCAGAGGACAAAGUUUGCACUUAUGAAGGACAAACUGGAGCAUCAUGUGAUGCUUCUCCUUCUGCUUAUGGUCCUCCUCCUUGCACACCAGUAAAUACAACUUCACAAGAUAACUGCACCUGCCAAGGCUACUGCGAGCAACCUGUUGCAUUUUACACCAUUGAAAUCUCAGUGCGGCCACCAGAGACCAACCAAACAGCUCGAUCAGUGGUUUCCAGACUUCAAACCAUCUGCUCGCCGACAAAUUCCUCGUGUCAGUGGGCAAAUAACUAUCAGGAUGCGACCGCUGACUGUGUUGGAACAGCUACAAACCGUGGACGGUGCAGACUGAUCCUCAGGUUCACAAGCACAGUUCCCAUCUGCGCACUGUCUGAAGCCUUAGUCGGGCUCUUCCAAAGCGAAGACAACAUGGGUUUUGAUGGCCAAGUGAUACGAGCAGCUGUGUGUGUGAAUUCUGAAGACGGCAGCAAUGUGUCCGACUCGCAGCUCACCUGGUACAGUGCUGAUCUCACACCUGCGCAGUUUUGUUCGGUCAUGCAAGGACCUUUUCCCUUUCCCACCCUCAGCUGUCAAACAACAACAGCAGUUAUACAGCUGAGUGAGCGGUGUGAUGCGGCGACCACCACCACCACCACCGCCAGCCCAAACGUCACAGCCACGACGGCAGAAUCCCUGAACGCCACCACACCUGCCAACAUCACUGGGACUACGGCAGCUCUCAGCAAAGAAGGGCAGGCUGAUGCUCUGUUGGCACUGACCAAGGACGCAUCAAAGCUGAAUUCUACGCAGAUAAGUCUGCUGAUAUCUGCGCUGGAGAAGCUCUUGGAAGGUCCCAACGUCAGUUUUCCACUUGGAAAUACGUCAGUCCAGAUUAUCAGCAACCUUCAAGAUGCUUCAGUGGAGGCCGUGGCUCAGUCCGCGGGCAGGAUGAGAAGAAUCCCUGAGACCGUGGCGCUGAAGCUGGUCUUGAAUGGCGACCGUGAGUUCCUCAAGUCGCCCUCUCUGAAUGUGGCUGUGAAAACAGCUGACGGAGUCUUAUUCGAGGAAGCAUCUUUUAUCAUCACAGAUCCAGACAAUGUAGAGAUACGUGGAUCCAGGAGCGGGCGACACAUGAGAGACUCGUCCAUCGCUCAGGCCUCGGUCACACUGCCGUCCACGCUCACUCAGAAUCUGACCAAUGAGGAGCAGCUGCUGGUGUCCAGAGUCCACUUUAAUUUCUACCAGAAAAACACAACAUUUCAGGACGCAUCUUUGGGCCGCCGCAGGAUGAACAGCGGAGUGGUGUCUGCGAGCGUGGCAAACCUGUCCAUCACUGGGCUCCAGGAUGAAGUCAUCGUUCGCCUGAGGAACAUCGAGCCCAUCCCAGACAACUUCGAGUCGCUCUGUGUCUUCUGGGAUGAAAGGUUGAAUGAGGGACGUGGCGGGUGGAACCAAAACGGCUGCCAAGUCCGGAACGUCACCGACAAUGAGACGGUGUGCGGUUGCAACCACCUCACCAGUUUCUCCAUCCUCCUGAGCUUGUCCCGCCUGCCUGUGACCAGCCGUCUCCAGGCCACCAUCCUCACCUUCAUCACCUACAUUGGCUGUGGCAUCUCUGCCAUCUUCCUGGCCGUCACUCUCCUCACCUACCUGUCCUUCGGGAAGCUACGCAAAGACAUCCCGUCCAAAAUCCUGAUCCAGCUGUGCCUGUCUCUGCUGCUGCUGAACCUGGUCUUUCUGGUGGACGCGUGGCUGGCGUUGUACGUGGAUGCCGUGGGCCUCUGCAUCUCCACCGCCUGGUUCCUGCACUACUUCCUGCUGGUGGUCUUCACGUGGAUGGGACUGGAGGCGGUCCACAUGUACCUGGCGCUGGUGAAGGUCUUCAACACCUACGUCUCCCACUACAUGAUCAGGUUCUCGGUGGUGGGCUGGGGCGUCCCCAUGCUCGUGGUCAUAAUCGUCAUCGCCAUCGACAAGGACAACUACGGCCUGGUCUCCUACGGGAGGUUCGACGACGGCACCAGCGACGACUUCUGCUGGAUAAAGAACGACGUGGCCUUCUACGUGGCCGUGGUGGCCUACUUCUGCGCCGUCUUCGUCUUCAACUUCAUCAUGUUCCUGGUGGUGGUGGUGCAGCUCUGCCGGAUAAAGAGGCAGAACCCGCACAACUCGCAGCACCGCACCACGCUGCAGGACGUGCGCAGCGUGACGGGCAUCACGGUGCUGCUGGGCCUCACCUGGGGGUUCGCCUUCUUCGCCUGGGGGCCGGUGAACCUGCCCUUCAUGUACCUGUUCGCCAUCUUCAACUCUCUUCAAGGGUUCUUCAUAUUCAUCUUCCACUGCCUGGUGAAGGAGAGUGUGCGGCGGCAGUGGAGGACCUACCUCUGCUGCGGGAAGAUGAGACUGGCGGAGAACUCAGAGUGGAGUCGCACCGCCACACAGAAAACAGCCAGGAGGUCCUCAGUAACCAGAGGCACCUCUCUUCCAUCCUCUAAAAUGUCCCAGUCCAACAACUCCUCCAGCUCGUCUUCCUUCCUUGUCCACGACAACGACUCCAGCAGCGGCAUCGGAAACCCACUGGACGACAUGGCGAUCACAGCUGGGGAGGACCACACCGCCGACGUCGUCCUCAACCAGAGAAACAGCCAGUACAGAACACAACCACCGUCGUGAUGACCAGAGAGGGCCACCAAAACCCUUUCAGUACCGGUUUGGACCAAUAACAUUACAGACCAGACUGUAAAAACUUUUCCAGCAUGUCAGGACAGUACUGCAUCGGUACUCUGUUUACAACAGUGCUGCACAGCAGAUAGUGGUUGAGCUGCAGACUUGGACAGUCACAGGAAAGAUUUUGUCCGUGUGAACCUUUGAUCUGUUUUUGCACUUUAUUAUGAUUUUUUUUAAAUGUAUAUGAAAAUGCUGUAAAUGAAUUUAUAUAUUUCGUUCAUUGAAAUGUAAAAAAUGUAUAUUUAAAUCUUUCCCUAAACUUGUGUGGAGAGCAAGUUAUUCAUUUUAAUCAGAUGUUUCAUUGUAGAUUAUUUACUUUAACAUUUUUAUAUUCAAGACCUGCCUUUGUUCUCGCUUUUGUAAAGCUGAUACAGAUCUUUGUUUAAAUCAAUUUAGUUUUGCAAGUCUCCACAGAUCAGGAAAAUAGCUCUGAAUUUUUUCUUUGUCCAGAUCAAUCGGACUUUAAUGUAAUAAAUAAAUCAGAAGCUUUUUUUUCCCAUUUAUUGAUAUUUCCCCAUCGUUUUUUGCAUUCUUCCUUUCAACACGUCUGAUUUUUUUUCCUAUAAAUUUUUCGAGAGGGUGCAGUUCAUGAUUAAGAAGAUUUUCAU